GCCAGCACUAGUUGCGGCGAUCAGUUGUACUUCGGUUGGUGUAAUCGGUUGUUAUUUUUCGCUGGAAGUUCGGCUGGUUUCGGUCCGGUCAAUAAACAAGUGAUUAAAGGCCCUAAAAUGGCCAAAAGUCAAUAGUGACUGAGAUUAACCUGUUGCUCGGUUGACCUGUGCUGGAAAAGCAAACAAUCGGCGCGCUGCACUUUUCCUGCGAUUAUUGGUGCGUGACCUAUUUAUGUAACCUGUUUUUGAAAAAGAAUAUCCCGCUUUCGACUGGCCCCAAAAGUGUUAAUUAAACCGCAAUAGCGAUAGCAAUACCUACAGUUCAGUUACCAAAAAAAAAAAAUACAGAGAAAAAGUGCAAAUUCUUAUGCAAAAAUUAAGGUAGGGAGUGUUUGAAAGAAAAAAAGAAAGAAAAAAGAGUGCAUUAACCCUGCAAGUCGGUGUGUGUAGCUGUGAAAAAACCAAUACAAGAGGAACGGGCCUUUUGCCUCUGAAUGCCAAGCCAGGAUCAGUAAAUGAAGGACGACGAAUAUGGUGAUCGUAACACGUGGUGACUACAUCUGGAUAGAGCCCGCCUCGGGGCGAGAAUUCGAUGUGGCCAUUGGAGCACGUGUCGUCUCCGCGGAGGGUCGUCGCAUCCAGGUGCGUGAUGACGAUGGUGACGAGGUGUGGCUGGCUCCCGAGCGCCGCAUCAAGGCCAUGCAUGCGUCUUCUGUUCAAGGAGUGGAGGACAUGAUAUCCCUUGGCGAUCUGCAUGAGGCAGGAAUCUUGCGGAAUCUGCUUAUACGAUACAAGGAGAAUCUGAUAUACACCUAUACCGGAUCCAUAUUAGUUGCCGUUAAUCCCUACCAGAUCCUGCCUAUUUACACGGCCGAUCAGAUCAAGCUCUACAAAGAACGUAAAAUCGGAGAACUUCCGCCGCACAUCUUUGCGAUUGGCGACAAUGCAUAUGCGCACAUGAAACGAUAUCGCCAGGAUCAGUGCAUUGUUAUAUCAGGAGAGUCGGGAGCUGGCAAAACAGAAAGCACAAAGCUGAUUCUUCAAUAUCUUGCCGCGAUUAGUGGCAAGCACUCAUGGAUCGAGCAACAAAUUCUAGAAGCAAAUCCAAUUCUGGAAGCCUUUGGAAAUGCCAAGACCAUACGCAACGACAAUUCAUCGCGGUUUGGCAAAUAUAUAGAUAUACACUUUAGCGCCAAUGGCGUGAUCGAGGGAGCGAAAAUCGAGCAGUACCUGCUGGAGAAGUCACGAAUUGUUUCCCAAAAUCAUAGCGAACGCAAUUAUCAUGUCUUUUACUGCAUAUUGGCGGGAUUAUCGGCAGAUGAGAAGAAUCGCCUUGAUCUGGGCAUGGCUGCUGAUUAUAAAUAUCUGACUGGUGGUAAUAGUAUAACCUGCGAAGGGCGUGACGAUGCCGCCGAGUUCUCCGAUAUUCGAUCCGCCAUGAAGGUUUUGCUCUUCUCCGAUCAGGAAAUCUGGGAGAUUAUCAAGCUGCUGGCUGCUCUUUUGCACUGCGGCAACAUUAAGUAUAAGGCGACUGUGGUGGAUAAUCUGGAUGCCACUGAAAUACCAGAACACAUAAAUGUGGAGCGUGUCGCUGGGCUGCUUGGACUGCCCAUUCAGCCGCUGAUUGAUGCCCUAACUCGUCGCACAUUAUUUGCUCAUGGAGAAACAGUGGUGUCCACUCUGUCCCGGGAUCAAUCUGUGGAUGUGCGCGAUGCCUUUGUAAAGGGCAUUUACGGACGCAUGUUUGUGCAUAUCGUUCGAAAGAUCAACUCGGCUAUUUUCAAACCUCGCGGCACAUCACGGAAUGCCAUCGGAGUUUUGGACAUCUUUGGCUUUGAGAACUUCGACCAGAACAGCUUCGAACAGUUUUGUAUCAACUAUGCCAAUGAGAAUCUCCAGCAGUUCUUCGUGCAGCACAUUUUCAAACUUGAACAGGAAGAGUACAACCACGAAGCCAUCAAUUGGCAGCACAUAGAGUUCGUGGACAAUCAGGAUGCUCUUGACUUAAUAGCUAUCAAGCAGCUGAAUAUUAUGGCUCUCAUUGAUGAGGAGGCCCGGUUUCCCAAGGGUACUGAUCAAACGAUGCUGGCCAAACUGCACAAAACCCAUGGAGCACACAAGAACUACUUAAAGCCCAAGUCAGAUAUUAAUACCAGUUUCGGGCUGAACCACUUUGCCGGCGUGGUGUUCUACGAUACGCGUGGAUUCCUAGAUAAAAACCGGGACACCUUUAGUCCCGACUUGUUGCAUUUGGUUAGUCAGAGUGGCAACAAGUUCCUCCGACAAAUCUUUGCUCAGGAUAUAGAAAUGGGUGCAGAAACGAGAAAGCGAACGCCGACCCUCUCCACUCAGUUCCGGAAAUCGCUUGAUGCACUAAUGAAGACCCUCAGCAGUUGUCAGCCAUUCUUUAUUCGUUGUAUUAAACCAAAUGAGCUGAAAAAGCCAAUGAUGUUUGAUCGUGGUUUGUGCUGCCGUCAGCUCCGAUACUCUGGCAUGAUGGAAACCAUCCGGAUCCGCCGCGCUGGAUAUCCUAUUCGACAUGGAUUCCGCGAGUUCGUUGAGCGCUACCGAUUCCUGAUUCCCGGAGUGCCGCCAGCUCAUCGUACAGAUUGCCAGGCAGCCACUUCCAGGAUUUGUGCUGUGGUUCUUGGCAAGUCCGACUAUCAACUGGGACACACCAAGGUCUUUCUGAAGGAUGCUCACGAUCUGUUCCUGGAGCAAGAGCGUGAUCGCGUGCUGACGCGAAAAAUUCUCAUCCUGCAGCGCAGCAUUCGUGGUUGGGUGUACCGACGAAGGUUCUUACGCCUGCGAGCCGCCGCUAUUACCGUGCAAAGAUUCUGGAAGGGUUAUGCUCAGCGUAAACGUUACAGGAACAUGCGAGUGGGCUACAUGCGUUUGCAGGCUUUGAUCCGUUCGAGAGUCCUGUCCCAUCGCUUCCGCCACCUAAGGGGUCACAUUGUCGGUCUGCAGGCUCAUGCCCGUGGCUAUUUGGUCAGACGGGAGUAUGGUCACAAGAUGUGGGCUGUCAUUAAGAUUCAAUCACAUGUGCGACGAAUGAUUGCCAUGCGGCGCUACCGAAAACUUCGUUUAGAGCACAAACAGUUCGCCGAAGUUCUUCAUCUCCGCAAACUAGAGGAGCAAGAGCUGUUGCAUCGCGGAAAUAAGCAUGCGCGGGAAAUUGCUGAGCAGCAUUACAGAGAUCGAUUACACGAGCUGGAGCGUCGGGAAAUACAGGAGCAACUGGAGAAUAGACGUCGAGUGGAGGUCAAUAUGAACAUUAUCAAUGACGCAGCUCGCAAGCAAGAGGAACCGGUGGAUGAUGGCAAACUGGUUGAGGCCAUGUUUGACUUUUUACCUGAUUCCAGUAGUGACGCUCCUACACCGCAUGGAGGGCGAGAGACGUCCGUGUUUAAUGAUCUGCCCCAUGCACAAAACGUCAACCAGGAGGAUAUAAUUGCACCCAUACACAUUUCUGAGGAUGAGGAAGAUCUGUCGGAGUUCAAGUUUCAGAAAUUUGCAGCGACAUACUUCCAGGGAAAUGUAAACCAUCAGUAUGCUAAAAAGGCUUUAAAGCAUCCCCUACUUCCACUUCAUACACAAGGCGAUCAACUUGCUGCUCAGGCCUUGUGGAUCACUAUCCUCAGAUUCACAGGUGAUAUGCCAGAGCCAAAAUAUCAUACAAUGGAUCGAAUGGACACUACAUCCGUCAUGUCCAAGGUCACAGCCACUCUGGGACGCAAUUUUAUCAGGAGUAAGGAAUUCCAAGAAGCUCAGCUUAUGGGCCUGGAUCCAGAUGCUUUCCUAAAGCAAAAGCCGCGCUCGAUCCGUCACAAGCUCGUAUCCUUAACGUUAAAGCGGAAGAACAAAUUGGGUGAAGACGUCCGUCGGCGUCUUCAGGACGAUGAAUAUACGGCUGAUAGCUACCAAUCGUGGCUGCAAUCGCGCCCCACUUCUAACCUGGAGAAACUUCACUUCAUCAUUGGCCAUGGAAUCCUACGAGCCGAACUACGAGACGAAAUCUAUUGUCAAAUCUGCAAGCAGCUGACCAAUAAUCCUCUGAAAUCUUCACAUGCCAGGGGUUGGAUUCUGCUUUCAUUGUGCGUAGGAUGCUUUGCUCCGUCCGAGAAAUUUGUCAACUAUUUGAGAGCCUUUAUUCGUGAGGGUCCACCAGGAUAUGCGCCGUAUUGCGAGGAACGGCUGAAGCGAACCUUCAACAAUGGAACUCGCAAUCAACCGCCUUCGUGGCUGGAGUUGCAAGCUACCAAAUCGAAAAAACCUAUAAUGCUGCCGAUUACUUUUAUGGAUGGGAAUACCAAGACCCUGUUAGCCGAUUCCGCCACCACGGCCCGGGAACUGUGCAAUCAACUAUCGGAUAAGAUAACUCUCAAGGAUCAGUUUGGAUUUUCAUUGUACAUAGCUCUGUUCGACAAAGUCAGCUCGUUGGGAAGUGGCGGAGACCACGUGAUGGACGCCAUCUCACAAUGUGAACAGUAUGCAAAGGAGCAGGGCGCCCAGGAGCGGAAUGCACCGUGGCGUCUGUUUUUCCGCAAGGAGAUCUUUGCUCCGUGGCACGAACCCACUCACGAUCAGGUGGCCACUAACCUUAUUUACCAACAGGUGGUAAGGGGUGUUAAGUUUGGCGAAUAUCGCUGCGACAAGGAGGAAGAUCUGGCCAUGAUUGCUGCCCAGCAAUACUUUAUAGAGUAUUCCACGGAUAUGUCCAUGGAGAGGUUGUUUACUCUGUUGCCAAACUUUAUACCCGACUUCUGCCUCAAUGGUGUCGACAAGGCCAUUGAACGCUGGGCCGCUUUGGUCCUGCAGGCUUAUAAGAAAUCCUAUUACGUCAAGGACAAGAUUGCUCCUCUGAAGAUCAAGGAGGAUAUUGUUAGCUAUGCCAAGUACAAGUGGCCCCUGUUAUUUUCCCGUUUCUACGAAGCAUAUCGUAACUCAGGCCCCAAUCUGCCCAAGAACGAUGUCAUCAUUGCGGUUAACUGGACCGGCGUCUAUGUGGUGGACGAUCAGGAGCAGGUCUUGUUAGAACUAAGCUUUCCUGAGAUUACUGCAGUUUCAAGUCAAAAGACAAACAAAGUCUUCACUCAGACGUUUAGCCUAUCCACUGUACGUGGCGAAGAGUUUACAUUCCAGAGUCCCAAUGCUGAGGAUAUUCGAGAUCUGGUUGUAUAUUUCUUAGAUGGCCUGAAAAAGCGAUCGAAGUUUGUCAUAGCCUUGCAAGACUACCGUGCACCUUCGGAUGGAACGAGUUUCCUUUCUUUCUUUAAAGGCGAUUUAAUCAUACUAGAGGAUGAAUCUUGCGGGGAAUCAGUACUUAACAACGGCUGGUGCAUAGGACGCUGCGAUCGUUCCCAAGAGCGUGGAGAUUUCCCUGCCGAAACGGUCUAUGUUCUGCCAACGCUUAGCAAACCGCCUCAAGAUAUUUUGGCCCUGUUCAACAUCGAAGAGGCACACCAUGGGCGUCGCCUAAGCAUGGCUUCUAAUGGCGGUCCGGCGGAGCCAAGAGAUCGACCGCACACGUUGAUGGAGUAUGCCCUAGAUCACUUCCGUUUGCCGCCAAAACGAACCAUGUCAAAAACACUUACGUUGAGUUCGAAACGAAGUGAAGAGUUGUGGCGCUACUCCCGAGAUCCGAUCAAGGCGCCGCUGCUUCGUAAAUUGCAAAGCAAGGAGGAAUUUGCCGAGGAGGCCUGCUUUGCCUUCGCCGCCAUACUUAAGUACAUGGGAGAUUUGCCCUCUAAGCGUCCGCGGAUGGGCAACGAAAUCACGGAUCAUAUAUUCGAUGGACCGUUGAAGCAUGAGAUUCUGCGGGAUGAGAUAUACUGUCAACUAAUGAAGCAGCUAACGGAUAAUCGCAAUCGGAUGUCUGAGGAGAGGGGCUGGGAGCUGAUGUGGUUGGCCACAGGACUGUUCGCCUGCUCGCAGGGUUUACUGAAGGAGCUUCUUUUAUUCCUUCGCACCCGGCGUCACCCCAUUUCUCAGGACUCAAUGCAUCGAUUGCAAAAGACAAUACGCCAUGGACAACGCAAAUAUCCACCACACCAGGUGGAGGUGGAGGCCAUACAGCACAAAACCACACAGAUCUUUCACAAGGUCUACUUUCCGGACGACACAGAUGAAGCCUUCGAGGUUGAUAGCUCCACGCGAGCCAAGGACUUCUGCAACAACAUCUCGCAGCGUCUAUCCUUGCGCACCAGUGAGGGCUUUUCCUUGUUUGUAAAGAUAGCCGAUAAGGUUAUCUCAGUGCCCGAGGGUGAUUUCUUCUUUGAUUUCGUACGCCAUCUGACCGAUUGGAUAAAAAAGGCGCGUCCUAUACGAGAUGGGGCCAAUCCGCAGUUCACCUAUCAGGUCUUCUUCAUGAAGAAACUGUGGACGAACACAGUGCCAGGCAAGGAUCGGAACGCCGAUCUAAUAUUCCACUAUCACCAAGAGUUGCCAAAGCUGUUGCGCGGCUAUCACAAGUGUUCGAGGGAGGAGGCGGCUAAACUGGCUGCUCUUGUAUUCCGCGUGCGCUUCGGUGAAAAUAAACAAGAACUGCAGGCCAUACCGCAAAUGCUGAGGGAACUUAUUCCAUCGGAUAUCAUGAAAAUGCAGAGCACUAGCGAAUGGAAACGAUCGAUUGUUGCCUCUUACAACCAGGACGGCGGCAUGACUUCCGAAGAUGCCAAGGUGGCCUUCUUGAAGAUUGUAUAUAGAUGGCCAACUUUUGGCUCCGCUUUCUUUGAGGUGAAGCAAACCACCGAACCGAACUAUCCCGAAAUGUUACUAAUAGCCAUUAACAAACACGGCGUGAGUCUCAUACACCCAGUCACCAAGGAUAUUUUGGUCACACAUCCAUUCACACGCAUCUCGAAUUGGUCCUCGGGUAAUACAUAUUUCCACAUGACCAUUGGCAAUUUGGUGAGGGGCUCGAAAUUAUUAUGCGAAACUUCGCUUGGCUAUAAGAUGGACGAUCUGCUGACUUCAUAUAUCUCGUUGAUGUUGACCAAUAUGAACAAAAAUCGAACAAUACGAGCCAACUAGUAAAACCUACAAUUACCGCAAAUAUUUAUAAUAAUUAUAAAUAACAAUUGCAAUAACUUAUACAAGCCUAGUACUUUAUAGUUAAUAAGUCAUUCUUUAUACCCACCACCCUAUUCGCUCUAAUUGCAUUCCCUUCUCGGUGAAUUCAUUCCAAUUUUGGUCUUGUUCAGCUAUCGAUUAUACCAAACCAUUUUCCAAACUUUUGUUUUGUUUUUAGUUUUUUGUUUUUCUUUUGUAUAAAUUUUGCAAUUACUCUCUUAGGUAUUCUUAUGGCACAUUCCGGUUAAAUUAUUAAAUACAAUGUUUUGUAGGAAGAAAAGGUCUUACAUAUUCAUAGAUAAGCAUUUGUAUCUACGCAUUUUGCAUCUAUCUCUUUGUAUAUCUUAACUGCAUAUCUGUACUGAUGACGUUUUGUAUCAAAUACAUAGAAAUGUUCAAUUAUUUAAUAAAUUAUAUACAAUUAA